AGUGAAGACUUUACCAACCAAGAUGAAGAUGGUGAGAAAGAGGCACUCUCACUCUAUGUCUCUCCUCCAUUCUCCCUAACAAGGUGAUGAGAUGAGAUGGAGUCUGGAUCUGGAAAAUCAUGGAUUCACUCUCUUCUCUAUCUCACCUUCAUAGCGCUCUUUCUAUACCUUAUUCAAACCCUAGUUUUCGACAAAUUGAUGCUAGGACACGAGAAAGUAAUUCUCAAGAAACAAGCAGAUCUUCCUCUACAUUUCCGCUCCGACGGCACUUUCAAGAUCCUCCAGGUGGCUGAUAUGCACUAUGGGAAUGGAAUUGUGACUCGGUGCAGAGACGUCCUGGAAACCGAGUUCGAUCGUUGCACCGAUCUUAACACGACUCAGUUUCUGAGGAGGAUGAUUGAGGCUGAGAAGCCUGAUUUCAUUGCUUUUACAGGAGAUAAUAUAUUUGGUCCAAGCGCUACUGAUGCUGCAGAAUCUUUGUUUGGAGCUUUUGCCCCUGCCAUAGAAUCUAGACUCCCAUGGGCAGCCGUUUUGGGGAACCAUGACCAAGAAUCUACAAUGACUCGUGAAGAAUUGAUGUCUUUCAUAUCCCUUAUGGAUUAUUCAGUCUCACAAACCAACCCUUCAGCUGAAGAUACCUCUGAACCUGCCAAAGAACGGCUAGUAACCAACAUUGAUGGGUUUGGAAAUUAUAAUCUUAGAGUAUGGGGUGCGCCGGGCUCCCAUUUGGCCAACAACAGCAUCCUCAGUCUCUACUUUCUUGACAGCGGAGACAGAGCUACUGUUGAAGGAGUUCGAACCUAUGGAUGGAUUAAGGAAUCUCAACUUCUUUGGCUCCGUGGUGUUUCUAAAAUAUCUCAGGUCCAAAAUCGGGAAAAUGAUCAAUCAGCAGACAUUUCUUCAGUCCUGAGUGCACCCCCAGCACUGGCAUUCUUCCACAUUCCAAUUCCAGAAAUUCGCCAAAGGCACUUUAAAGAGAUAGUUGGAGUGUAUCAAGAAUAUGUAGCAUGUUCGUUGGUUAAUUCUGGAGUCCUACGAACGCUUGUCUCCAUGGGAGAUGUGAAGGCUGUGUUCAUAGGUCAUGAUCACAACAACGACUUCUGUGGCAACCUAGAUGGUAUUUGGUUUUGUUAUGGUGGAGGCUUUGGAUAUCAUGGUUAUGGUAAGGCUGGACAGCGACGGAGAGCAAGGGUCAUAUUGGCACAACUUGGAAAAGGGGAUAACACAUGGACGGGAGUCGAGUGGAUCAAGACAUGGAAACGACUUGAUGAUGAGAAGCUGAGCAAGAUUGACGAGCAAGUCCUGUGGGAUCGGCAAUCAUCAAGAUGACUCAUAUUACAGGAUUAACUGUUUUUCUCGACUACUACUAUCACAAUGAUCGACUUGAACAAUAGUUUGUGAAGGUGUGUAUCUUUGGAAUUUUGUUUACAUGAUAAAGGUAUUGCUCAGUGCAUUUGUAUAAUAUGUCCAUUUUUAAAUUGGAAGAAUUGUUGUACAGAUGGGUGUCACUCCUGAAUUGUGGUUGGGGCUUCCCGCCCCUUUGAUUUGUUUGUAUGACUGUAUAAUCUUCUCUCAACCUUUUCCUUUUGGCUUAUGUCCAUAAUACUAAUAAUAAUAAAUAUGUAAUCACUUUUUAUCUUUUUA